CACACACAUAAAUAUAACAACUUUAAAGUAUUAUUUAAAUUUCUUCCGCACAGAUGCUUUAUCUUAACCGUCAAGAACAUUACAUUACCUAUUACUUCUAAAAUAAUAUCCAUGUAUUAUGUAAUCUAAUAAAUGACACUCUCAUUAAUUUGUAAAUCGCCACCUUGUCUACUCCGCAGAUGCCCCAUUGUUGCCGUCGGCGCCAUGACUAUGACGUAAGCCGUUUCCAUGGAGAUGACAUCAUCAGCGCCGCUAGUCAAUGGCGCGGCGUCUAGUGCAGCAGUGUCGUCGCGCACGGGACGACCGCCGGUCGGGGCAGCUGCUCGGGGCGGCCGGAAGGCGCGCAUGAAAAACCGCGGGAGUCAGACCUGCAGUUCUGACGACGACGAUCUCCACUCGGACGAUAACCUCCGGCCUUACGAGGAGGUCAAGGUCGCCCACCACGACAAGAAGUUAGCGGGGUUAGGU